GUUUCUUACUUCGUAUUUGCUAUCGUUGGUAAGUGUGGACAAGUGUUUAGUACUAAAAAUGAGCUCUACAAGCAGCUAUAAAUUGAAGAUAGUAUGGCCCAACGUCCUAGUACUAUUCUUGUAUCAUUAUUUUGCCAUACUAGGAAUAUACUACAUUUUUAGUCUGCAGAUAAAGUUGGGAACCGUUUUGUUUAUGUUUCUAUUGGGACGGGUUGCUGGUUUAGGUAUCACAAUGGGUGCCCACAGGCUAUGGUGUCAUAAGGCCUACAAAGCGAAACUCCCGCUCAGGAUCAUCCUAUGUUUUCUGCAAACCGUAACUUUCCAAAAUUGCAUCUACGAGUGGUGUCGGGACCACCGAGUCCACCACAAAUUCACGGACACCGACGCCGACCCCCACAACAUCAACCGAGGCUUCUUUUUCUCCCACAUGGGCUGGCUGAUGGUGCGAAAACACCCAGAUGUGACCAAACUGGGCAAAACCGUGAAUAUGAGCGACCUUGAAGCCGACCCGGUUGUACGAUUCCAGAAAAAGUUCUAUGUGGUUUUGGCACCAGUGUUCUCCUUUGUGGUGCCCACGAUGGUACCAUGGUAUUUCUGGAAUGAGGAUUUGUACGUGUCGUUUUGCACAGCGGCCAUGUUUCGUUAUGUCGUUAGUUUGCACUUUACUUGGUUAGUUAACAGUGCAGCCCAUAUUUGGGGUACUAAACCAUACAACAGGUCUAUUAAAGCUACAGAAAACAAAGUAGUGUCGUCGUUGACUUGGGGCGAAGGCUGGCAUAACUACCAUCAUGUGUUCCCAUGGGACUAUAAAGCGGCGGAACUGGGUACGGGUGAUAACUUCUCUGCAACUUGUAUUGAAAUGAUGGCUAAAAUUGGGUGGGCUUAUGAUUUAAGAACUGCCUCCCCUAAAAUGAUACAGGAAAGAAGAGACACUAGUGAUACUGGUUCAGAGACCUCAUACUAGUUGUGAAGCUAAUUAUCUUAUUUAUGUUAUACUUUCUCUUUUUGUCUGUUAGGAUAAAAAAGGUAAAUUAAUGGUUAUUCACCGUUGAAGAAUCCUGUAAACAGGAUUCUAACUGCACUUUUUUGGAAAAUCGAGAUUUUCAAAAAAUUAUGUUCUAUCUUGAAACUUUAACCUUAUUGGUUGUAGAUAGAACUUUGAACUUUUACAUAAAAUAGAUUGCACGAAACUAUUGAUUUUAAAAUAAACUAAAUUGAAAGAUACAUAAUAAUUUAAUACAUGCUAACA